AGUCAUUGCAUUGCUGACAGUAGCGAAACGCAGCGAUGCUCGCUGACCAAAAGGACUCUAAACCGUCAUCGGAGUAGUAAAAGGAAACGGAGAAUCAGCCAACGAGAAAGAGGCGCUUGCAAUUAUAAGCUAGAUCUCCAUGGCAGCUUCGUUUCAAAGUGGUCGUGGCGGUGUUGUGAUGAUGUUCUACAUCGGUAGGUCGUAAUUCGCAGUUAAUCGUAACGGGUCGUUUGACGAUGCCGACAAGUAGCUGGAUCAAGCGAUGGGACCUGUGGACGACAAAAUACUCUAGGCACAGCGCCGUUCCUUACUGUAUUAUUAACAGUGCUCAGAAACAAGAUAAAAUAAGGCAAGAGGGGUAAAUUUGCGCCAACCAACCUUGCCGCUACAACUGCGUAGAUACUGGCGUAACGAGAAAUACUGUGAAGUGCAACGUCCUCCUCUGCUGACGAAAAGAGCCUGGAGACGUGAAAAGCCUGCGGCCGUUAUUUCCAAUUGGUUUAGGUCGUCGCAGAUGUUUACAAGUGAUACCGUAAUCUAGUCGGUAUAGGCGAAUGUUGCUAGAAUUCGCUAUUAGAAGAGACAGCCUGAUUGGCGGCUCGUAUCGUGGGCGACGAAAAACAAAUGACGAUCACUCCGAUACGUUGACGUACGUAACGAAACAGCGAGACGUGAGAAAAACAUUAGCUACGAAAAUUGUUUAUGCAACAGUAGAUGCAGUACAAGGAAGGAUAAAGGAGCCGCGUAAAAGUGGGAAAAGUAUUGCGGAGAAAUCGUGAUAAAUUUUAGCUAGCUCAUUGAUUUGUGUUUAGUAACAACAGUUGUAUAGACGAAAGUAUGGACCCAACGACAAGUCGAAGUGUUAGCUGAUGUUACUAUGAGAUUAAGUGCGCACCCGUUAUUAAAAAUCACUUGUACUUAAUAGACAAUUACAUGAUGAAAAGCAACGAUCAUAAUUAAAUUAGAUUCAAUCGUUACUCGUAGACAAAUUUAUAUUGGUGACGACUGCGAGCGACAAUAAGGCAUUAACACGAAAUUUUUCAUUCGAGAAAUUCGUGUUUUAUUGGACAACUAAUUGUCUACUACAAACUAUUGUCUCAUAACGCUAGUCGUUGAUAACUGCUUUGCUUACGCCUAAAUUGACGCUAAAAACAAAAUGGUCAAUGAAAAAGUAGUUUUACAUCGUAUUUGUAUCAGUCAUUUACUUUUCGCUCUGUGCUGUGACUGGACUCUCUUGUUCUGAAUUCAAAAAGCUCUAAGUGGUGCUACGUCACCGGUGCGUACGUCCGCCGGAAAUGUUCGUGGCGCUCAAAGUGUUGCUGAUGCUCGGGACAGAGAUCCUGGACGUGCGGAUAGUGCGCGAACACUCUGCUCACUUACGCCUUGGUAUCUUGUAGAGUGUUAUACAUUUCGUGCUGGAUAAUAAUGAUUGACAAUUACAACCAAAGAUGCCAGCUCACGUCAUAGCCGUUAUUUGUACUCGAAAAAAACGAACCCUUCUAUCGAUCGAAUCAGAUCAAGCGCGCGUUGCUAAACGUGAGUGCGACAUCAACCAGUUAUCGCUAGCGUGCUCUUCAUUCCGUUGAGUGUCGCGUCGAUUUCAUGCAACAGGGCAGAAGUGCUGCUCGUGGCUGUUCGUACCAUGAGAAAGACUGUAGACUAAAGAGGGAAACGAAUAGAGAGAAACAGAGUGUAGGUACGUUUGCGAUGCGUUGCCUCUCAGAACGUCUCGGCGUAUUUCGUGAACUAACUUUGAACGAUGACUCACACAGCCACUUCCUCUACACCAAGCGUUUUUUUCAGGACUUGAUCUAUAACCCUCUACAGGAACAGCGGCCACAACAGGAACCUAUAGGUGUUUCCGACGAGAGUUUCGUCGAGUCCUCGCGCGCAUCGCUGCGCUUCGCAAUGCCUGCGAGUGUUUCAGCCACCCGCCGUCUGCUGCGAUUCAGUCCUGCAGACGGCACCGCCGGCAGCAGCAGCAGCAGCAGCAGCGUCCUUGUCCGCCGAAGUCAUCAAUCUCCAUCACUCUGCGACACUUGCGAUCCUCAAUCGACCGGGAACGGGAACAACAACACCGGCAUCGCGACAUCACUGCAUUGAUUGCCGCAACGAUGUUUCUGCUGCCGUAGAGGCAGUAGCUACUGAUGCGCACCAGCAGACGUUGUAGCCUUUCCGGCGUCUUGGCGUGAAAUAACUUGUAGCGAGGACUCUGGAGAUGAUAACAAUAAUAACGGUUCAGCCCGUGACGCCAGCAAUGAUAAUGAAGCUGAGGAUGAGGACAACGGCACAAAGAGGCAGCCGAGACGAAGCAACCAAUGAUACUGCUAGCUGUAGCCGAACGAGGUCGAGCUGGCCCACCCAAGCGUUCUGGCUGGUAGCAGCGUUAUGGGCCGUGUUGCUGGUGGGAGACGCGGGGGGUAUUGAUUUACCGGGUCGAGGUGGACGUAAAGGUGGGAUACAGAUUGGCCAGUUUAACAAAAACAACCAAAACCUUCUAACGGAUAUGCAUAGGGCGAAUACCGUUGACGGAGCUGGUGGCAACGGCGAGCUCAAUCCAAAUAGACCUAAUGUCACAUAUGUGAUGAUUGUGCCGAGUACGCGUUUUGAAAGUGUGCGAAGAAAGUACCGUAGUACUAUAAACGAAGCGCUCAACCAAAUAAAGAAUGGAAAAGUUCCCGGCAACCACCUCAAUAAACAUUACUCCCUACAGUUUCAGCUGGUGUACCUGAGUUUGGCGCCAACGCCUCGCGAGAUCCUAGACACGCUCUGCACGGAGAUACUCAACGCCUCCGUCCUCAGCGUGGGUUAUUUUACCAACUCAGAGACGUUUGGUUCCAACGCCGCUUCGGUUGAAUACGUUCACCAACUACUCGGGUACCUUGGCAUUCCUGUCAUCUCCUGGAACCCUGAUAACAUCGCUCUUGAUGAGCGGGUGACAGACGCUCACAUUCUGGGGUUGUCGCCUUCCGUGGACCACCAAGUAAACUCGAUCUUCGACUUCCUGGACCGCUAUCAGUGGACCCAAUUUGCCAUCAUAACGACUCAGCUGGCCGGCCAUGAAAAUUUUAUUCGCGCCAUACGCGAAAAGGUCUUCCACAAACAACACAAGUAUAGCCUGAUCGCUGCUCACACCCUUCCUCGAGGCGGCGAUGCUGAUAAAUAUUUUAAUCUGCUACAGGAGCUGGCAGACGGUGAGGUACGAGUAAUCGUUCUAUUUUGCGGGACAGAGGAUGCACGAGAGAUCUUUCUAGCGUCAAGUAGACAUGGAAUCACAGGAAAGAAUUACGCAUGGAUUGUAACGCAGGCUGUGAUUGGUUCCGCGGAGCGAUCCCCUGCCGAAUUCCCAACGGGACUCAUAGGGAUGUACUACAAUUUUACACUGCCGGUUCUGCUGGAUGAAAUGGAAAAGUCAAUGUAUAUAUUCGCGUCCGCGUUGGAGCGUUUAGUGAAUCAUACAACAGAAGAAAAUCGUAAUCAACUGUCAACGGGGCUCACGUGCAAUGCUUCAGAGUACAGCUACUGGCGCAAAGGGGAGGAGUUCUACAAAUACCUCAAGGAAACUGAAUGGACAAGUAAAAAGUUUAAUUCAGUGGCUUUUAACUUUGAUGGAACACGGAAAAGGGUUGAUCUCGACAUUCUCAACCUUGAUGCGAGAAAUGUUUGGGAAAAAAUCGGUGAUUGGGGAGAAAGUGGUGUAGACAUAAAGGAUAUUAUUUGGCCUGGGGAGGAGCGUAAACCCCCAAAAGGUGUACCGGAAAAGUUUAACCUCAAAGUGACCUUUAUGGAAGAGAGGCCCUUCGUUAUAGUUGGCUUGCCCGAUCCCGAGACGGGCGAGUGCGAGUCCAGUCGAGCCGUAAAAUGCCGUAUUGCGCCUGAAUCGGCCCUUAUUGGGCUCAAUGAUACGAUGGCACGCAGACACCCCAAUUACUAUAGGUGUUGCAUGGGAUUUUGUAUCGAUUUGCUGGAAAAGUUCGCUCAGGACCUUGGCUUUACAUACGACCUGUCCAAGGUCGAGGACGGCAUGUGGGGAGUCAAAGAUAAGAACGGAAAAUGGAACGGGCUGAUCGCAGCUCUGCUAAAUCGGCAUACAGAUAUUGUGGUCACUUCUAUCAAAAUCAACUCGGAUCGUCAAGAAGCUGUCGAUUUUACUGUACCCUUUCUCGAGACUGGAAUCGCCAUUGUGGUCGCCAAACGAACCGGAAUUAUCUCGCCGAAAGCAUUUUUAGAACCGUUUGACACAGUAUCCUGGCUACUCAUUCUUUUGGUGGGCAUCCAGGUAGCGGCCUUUUCCAUCUUCAUUUUCGAAUUCUUAUCGCCCGAUGGCUACGACAUGAAGAUCGCGCCUCCCAGAAAUUAUAAAUUUUCGCUAUUCCGUACCUACUGGUUGGUGUGGGCGGUACUAUUCGGAGCGGCUGUGAACGUGGAUUGCCCUCGAGGUUACACAGCUCGCUUCAUGAGUAACGUCUGGGCGAUGUUUGCCGUAGUCUUUCUUGCCAUCUAUACAGCCAACCUCGCUGCGUUUAUGAUCACUCGCGAAGAGUACUAUGACCUCAGUGGAAUUGAGGACUCUCGUUUAAGGUAUCCUCAUCUGAUGGAACCACCAUUCCGCUUUGGAACAAUUCCCUAUGGAAACACAGAGCAAGUUCUCCAGCGAAAUAAGCCAACAAUGUAUGAAUACAUGAGACCCUACAAUAGAUCCAACGUUAAUGAAGGAAUUAAGGCCGUCAAAAAAGGGACAUUGGAUGCGUUUAUUUACGACGCGACGGUUCUUGACUAUUUCGUUGGUCAAGAUGACGAAUGUCGAUUGCUCACGGUAGGCUCGUGGUAUGCCAUGACAGGCUAUGGCUUCGCUUUACCUAAAAAAUCCAAAUAUUUACAGAUGUUUAAUCGCCAAAUGAUUGAAUAUCGAGAACACGGUGACCUCGAGAGAUUGCAACGAUUUUGGUUACAAGGUGCCUGUAAACCGGACAAACGAAAAAGAAAUGCAGGCAAUCCGCUCGAUAUCAACCAAUUUAUGAGCGCCUUUUUGCUACUCGGCUGCGGGGUCCUCCUCACUGUGGUGCUGCUCAUCCUCGAACAUGUCUACUUCAGAUACUGCCGAAAACAGUUAGCCAAGGCCAAUUUUGGCAGUUGUUUCUCCCUCAUCAGUCUGAGUAUGGGCAAGUCUCUCAGUUUCCGGGAUGCUGUGUACAGCGCCCAGGGAAUGCUGCUCAGACGCGCUACGGAGAACCGCUUUUUGCAAGCCGCAGAGCACGAACGAUUGCAAGCUGACGUCGCGCGUUUGGCACGCGAACUAGAUGUAUUACGUCAAAAAAUCAAGACGUUAGAAAGUGAUCUAACGACGACAAAAGCAGGUAGCAAUGGAGGGAGUCUGGAUGAGCUGCGCGGAACUGGGAUCGACACCACGGGAUCGAUACCCGGCUCACAACGGGUCGCAAGACCCCAAGCACCAAAACGGACACCAUUCGGUGGACCGCUGGCUAUUUCGGGCAGUCAUCCAAACGUGGCGGACAAAAUUGUCGGACUACGUCAAGCGUCGAUCCAUAGCAACACUUCAGUAGGAGCCGAGUCACCUACCAGAAGUUUGGCACGAUUUACCGGCAGCCACGAAGAUCUUCUCCGCCAUCGGGAUCUCACCCGAACCAAGAUUCAUAGUAAUGAGCCUCUGGUAAUUAGUCAAGCAAGCAUCCUACCGGCUGUUCCUCCACAUAGUGUCCUUUUUCAGCAGCAACAGGCUAUGGUUAAGGCGCACAUCAUGGAAAAGGAGACCGUAUUAUGAUGACCGCCUCUCCUUCGACAGGUCGCUGAAUGUCGGUGACCGCCAAACAUGUGGCAAACAUUUUGCACUAUUCUGUUUGACACUAUUGCAAUUAUGUUGAGGCUGGCAAUUUUUGUUUAGUUCCGUAGGGAAAGUAAGCAAAAGGCAGUAGCGACCUGUACCGUUGAUGGUACCGCCGCCUGGUCUCGUCACAGUUAUUCACAGAAUCGGAAGAAAUAGAUUCGAAAUAGAGAUUUAUCUCGCGUCCAGUUAUUGCCAGGGCGUGCUUGCUUUUGCUCAAGCGACAUAAUAAUGAUAUUGUUAUCGCUCUUCACAGUCAUUACACCGUGGAUGAAGCUAUCAUCUCACUGACGACCUUGUGCAGGUGGCUCCGUAUGCUCUAAACUGUAUCAUUCUGCGUAGUAAAACGCCAUAGAGCCAAUAUGCUGUGGGGAUUUCCGGGUUGGUGCAGACGCCAUGACGAAGUGGCCGACAUAAUACAACUAAAACGUGACAAUAACAAUUUUCGCUUGUUACUGUGAGGUUACUACUGGUACUAGUGCAGCAACGUGGCGCCACCUGUGGCAGGUGGCGCCACGUUGCACUCAACCACCGCUACUGGUACCGUUAGCGACCGGUGAUAAUAAGAGUAACAAUAAUGUUAAUUAGCAGCACUGCAAAUAAUAUCUAUUGUGUAAUAAUAUAAUACGUUUACUAAGGAGAGGCGAGUAAUAAUAAUAAUAAUAUAAAAUAAGGUAAUCGAGACGCUUGCGAUUAGCAGGGCAACAUAUACGAGGCACCGAUGCAACUCUCUUCAUCCUGAAUUGAUUUUUGACCCGAUUAAUUAAUGAAGGAUCAUAGGGAUAAUAAUAACAAUGAUAUUGAUUGAUGAUGAUUACAAUAAUUGAAGUAACAUAAACAUAACCAUGUUAAAUAAAUAAUAUAAAAAAUAUUAAUCGCACCGUUAGUACACUCCUUUAGUUCAACAACAAUUCCAAGGGCAUCAAUAGUCCGCAGGGUCACGGUAACGAUGUAAAGCAAACACAGUUCGUUUCCUGUACAGCCUUCUCAUUCGCCCAUAGCCAAUAAACUUCCAGCUGAUUUUUUUCCGAUUCAAAUCAAGCAACAGCUCGUACCCAUGUCGUUACCAUUAACCGUCUUUAUUAUUGAACACUAGGUUCCCUUAGGAAACAGCAGUAAAUUAAUUAAAAACUCACAAGGAAAACACCGUUCCCUCAGAUAACGCAAAUACGAAUUUCCGUUUUUGGGUCAUUCAUUUUUACUCAUAAUUAUCAAAAAGCCUUACAUUUAUAGAUAAAGGUGCAAAAAAUAUGGGAGCGCUUCGUCAUCGUUGAUGAAACCCUCUAACGAAUAUUUCCAAAGCGCUUGCAUCCCACAGAAUUCAACACAACUAGACUACCGGCUACGAGGGUCAUAGGAACCUAGCAGGACCAAGGAAGGUUGGGUAAAUUUACUGUAUAUUGACAUCUAUAUUCAGGACUAUUAGUGUAAUCUGAACAUAUAGACAAGAUAUCUACACCUCAUGUACUACCCUCUUGAAUAACACCAUAGCAAUAGAGCGGCAAUACAGAUAACACGAACCUAAGAACAUACUAUGUAGGCAAAACAACUGUCAAAUCAAAGAAACUCUUGAAAACAGCAAUGAAAGAAGGUACAGGCGGCAUUUUAGAUCAAGGUGUCAUCUAUAGAGAAGAAUAGCCGGCGAGCGAUGUGUCGCUAACAAUUGAACAAAUCAGCUAAGGUGCAAACCGAGCCUGUGGGAGCCUGCCUGUAUUAUAGGUCUGGGCUUGUAAAUGUGCAAUAUAACGUUUCAUAGAUAAGUAUGCAAAAUUAGAAAAAGAAAACGCGUACAAUCAAAUAAUAAACAUCAAGUAUAGCACAUCAUUUAUUUUAUAAAACAAUGCAAGCGCAAGGAAAAUGUUUGAAAAUAUUAAUCUUGUAAACGAAAACAGAAUGCCCCCUUCCUUCAUUAAAUCGUUCUCAGCAUUGCUGUCCUAUAUACUUACGACGUCGAUGUUACUCCAUAUAUUACAUGCACACACGCACACAUAUAUAUACAAAUACUGAUCAGUAGCUUAGCGUAUACUUGUCUAUGUGCGGUCGCCUGCGUAAAAUGAAAAUAAUUGAUAGUCGGAUUACUUUAAAAAAAUGUGAUCACAAAGAUGAGCACCAUUAAACUGUAUGUAGUUUCAACGUCACCGGGAGGCUUAUAAACUUGAUCUGAGAAUAAAAGGGCUUUUUUUUCUUACUAUUAAUUUACUGUCUGAUGUGGACGACAUGGAGAGCAGUAGGCAUACGUGAGCGGGACAGGUGUAAACACAACGAAAAUGGUGGAAAAGGAAACAAAUUAUAGGGAGAGGCUAUUUUAAUUCAUAUUCAGAUAGAAGAAGAAAUGAUAUGCGCUGAUAAGAAUUCAGGAUAAGAAAAAAAAGGAUUAUUGAGUCUGAUAGAAAAAGGGGUCUUGUGUAUUGUUUAGCUAUAGGGAUACUGACCGUUGGCAUUAUAUAAUCACUGUUUUAGUGCAAAAAAGUCAUAGUUUGACGCAAAUACCACGAACGAAGGUUUCAAAUAAAUAAGACAAAAUAGACGUAAAAUGGAAUAGCUAUGGGAGUUCAAUAUUAUUCUGGUUUAAUGAUUAGUAGAAAGUAGUACACACACAAAGAAUCCAAGAAUUUUAAGCGUGAUUUAAGCAAUAGGCUCGGCAUGCAGCAAUUGAGAUACCGUUAUGUUACCCCGGUAGGUAAAAUCUAAUACAUUAUCACUCGUUAGAUUACAGAAGUGUAUUAACCCUGUCUCUGAAUAUUCUGAUUUUUCCGAAUAUUUACUUAACUCUCUUAAGUUACUGGCCUUGAUUAGAACUGUGUAAAGCAGUUGACAUAGUCGCAGACAUGUAGCAAUAGUCUUGCUUGAUAAUAACGCCCGGUAGCUCCCUAUUUCCACAACCCAUCAUCAAUUUUGAUGCUCUGUCCCGAGGGGAUAAAAUUGACCCGACCCAUUUAGAUAUCUACAGACGCCGAAAUAGCACGUGUGACUAACAGUGGCCAAAAUCAACGACCUGUGCUAUACUGUCACCAACGCUAGCACGAUCCUGCUAAUAAUUUAACAUUUGUAGACUAUUACUUCCUACCCUCUUUCAAUAACAAACGCAAAAACCGUAAAUAUCGUACACGACGAGACUGUGGGUUUUCUCGAACAAGCAACCACCAAAAGAUAAGCCAGUACUAACACGCCGCGGCAUUAGAAUAUAGCCAGAAAAGACGCGAUGAAACUGGAGAGAUAUCGUCCAAUUCAAUGUUUGAUCACUAAUCGCAGCCCAAUAAGAAACCCCAUUAUGGCGCCAAGCCCAUAAUGAGCAUGCAUCCACCAUAGCAAUGACCACUAACUGAACAAAAACCAAGUAAAGAUAGCAAAAAUCAACACAAGCCAGAUGGUAUCCUCAACUUCCACGUUGCACGCUGGCAAAAAAUGCGUAUAACGCAAGUAAUACAUGUUACAUCGGCUACAAAUAAUCUAUUGAUCGUCCACCUUAACAAACAACCUAAUAAGAGAACUUAUAUAGGUAGACAAACAAGCCGGGAAAGAAGUUUUAGGUGACAUUCUAGCGUUAUACGGGAUUGUUUCAGCAACGUUACAAAAGGAUGAUGGGCAACGAGAAUUCUUAAACCAACAAAAGGUUCAGUGCCAUUGUAAAUGAUUACAAUAAAAAAGAUCGUACUUUGCAGGAUGUAGGAUUAUGAUCAUAUACGAUGAGGUUUCUAAAAGUCAAUUCGACUAGGCUAGAAUAUGAGUCCCCGUAUGUCCGUUUCUGAUGAGGCCAACAUUGUUGAUUAAGGCGCGGAUAACUGAAAAAAAGGUAUAAGGGAAUCAUAGAAAAAAAUUCGUCUGAUUUAGAGAAGAGCGCAGAUGCCAGAAUACAUAGAAUAAUCUUUCAUACGUACGAUAUGAGAGAAUCUUGCGUAAAUCCAGAGUUACUUAGCACCGCAACCAAUUGAUUCACUGUGUAAUCUUUUCUAGUAACUUAUUGGCCGGACGGUUUCAGUAAAAUGAGGACUAUGACAAUUCUAUGUAGGAAAGCCCUUAUCCACUAGGUUUUCGAUAGCUGCAUUGAAAGCUAUUUUGAAAUGUAAUGGUUGUUAUCGAUAAGGCGUUGAUGGUUUUUACCCCGUAAACCAUCAACAGUUAUCGUAUAUACAUGUAUGCAAUUCCAAUGGCGGUAACUGUAACAAUAAUUAUAUUCAUUAAAUCUAUAGAAAUAGUCUAGCAGAAUCAGUAGUAUCACACUAUCCACACCCCCUGAUGUAGUUGGUGCGUAGAAUAGCACAUAUCUAUACGUUGCUAUCGUUUCUUUACGUCAACGAAAUAUAUUGAAGUACACCGUCCGGCCGGCCGGCCGGCCGGCCUUCGAGUCAUGUAUAAAUGACAAAGCCUAAUCUAGAUAAUGCAGAUAAGAGAACAAGCCCUUAUUGAAUAAAUGUCAUCAUACGUAUAUAUAAUGGGUAUAAAAGUCCUCUAAUGACUGUAAACAGAAGUCGAAAACCUAUAAUAUGAACAUGCGAUAACGUGAAUUAGGUUUAAUGCAAGUUACGUGAAAAUUGCAGCCUGUAAGUAUAUAUAAAGAAAAAAUAUAUAUAUACAUAUGACGAAAGACCGGUAAUAAACCCAACGUUGUUACUAAACGAUAGGGUCGUUUAGAUUGUGUGCUAAUAGUUCAUUAUUAUUGUGGGCUUACACGGUUUUUAUGUUUUUACUUCGAAUGCGGACGAUUUAUUGAAUACAUAUGUUGCACUGGUUCAAUAAAGCCCAACCAUAUAAAUUUAUAAAGCGGCUUCAUUUUAUAUCCGCUACGCGUGUUUAUUCCAGAACAGUGCGAAGCGUACAAUACUACCCUGUCUGAUUUAUAUUUGUUGCAUACCCAUUUGUCACAUAUAGAAAUACCUGAUAUUAGGAUUAAGAUAUCAAGGUUAGAUGAAA